CAUAAAAGGGAACAUAAAUAACAGACAGCACCAAAGUGGCAAAGUCGGCCCACAACCAAUUCAUCAUCCAAACACACUUCCAAAGCAAAAUCAAUACAUUUCGUUGUCUGUCUAGCUUCGCAGAAACACCUUGUUUUUGCAAACAAUUUCGACCACACCUGCUCGACGCGCGACAUGUUCUUACCGUCUUGUGCUGGUAUUACCAUCCUGCAUUCCCUGAUUCUGAACUCGCGUACUAUCUCGAAUCUCUCUCAAGACGUCCAUCAUGUUUCCACUCGUGUUCCACACGAGUAUUGACCGCUGUCCUGACAGCAUUGGCCGGCAGGCAGUGGUAACUAGGUACCUGACCCUCCUCAUCGGAACUAACGUUACUCCGUAGCGCGUAAGAUUAUUGUUGUCACACUUGUUGAAUCACAUGGCUUCCAACAUUCAGAACCUGCAGCUGAGACCAAACACAAAGUACAAACUCUGUUAAGGAGAAGUAACCACACAGCAAGUUCCAAGCAACACCCCCAAUAUCCCUUUAAAAAAACCUCACAAUCAACAUUGUCAUCGCGCCCAUUGUGCAACACCACAGCACAACCUUAUUUGCAACAAAUCAAAAAGUUCAAAAGGAAGAGGGGGAAAAAAAACAGGAAUUCAACCUUAAAUUUAGCUUGAAUUUCCAGUGUAAAAUAUUUGAAGCGUCAAUUUUGUUUGAACAAGUCUGUUCAUUGAUUUUCUGGACAUGAAGAGCGACCACCGAGCGCCGGUCGUGGAAUUGUUUCUUCUUCCGCAUUGCCAGGCUCAUAGGGAUAUUCACCGUCGCAUUUUACGAGGUAGAUUCUAAUAUUAUUCUACUGACCAAUAACGACUUCGGGUAAAAUAUAUAUAAUAUAAAGGAGAUUCCAAUGGACACCAUUGUUGUACCUUUGACAGCAUAAUCCGCCCAGCAAAUGCGCGAACGAACGAGUAAUCCCCUGCCCCUGGUAUCGUCACAGCCACCAGCAGACAAAAGCUCUGCUCCAAAGCUUCGAAUUGCCGAUGAUCCCAACCACGCCUGUCGUCUUGUCUUCUUCCUUGAGAAACAAGGGACGGUCAUGCACAUAAUCAGACAACAAGACCGAGUUUUGCUCUUCAUUAAACAAUCCGGGAAGAAAUGCUAGCCAGCCUAUAGAACAACAGACAGCACACGCACCGGGAAACGGAAAGCUUCACCUUCUUCACCUAUAUAUAUGUGUGCGUGAAAAGGCUCGAGGAUGCAGUCUUGUGACAGGAAAAAAACAAUGGCCCCACUCAGGCGGAACAAGGUAGCUCUGGAUGCUGCGGCAGAUUCGGAGUCGAGGAAGUCUCUAUCCUUUGCUGGCCUGCUGUCGAUUCAAGACCAGCAACCUGGAAAUCAAGAUUGUCAAAUGAAUAAGAAGACGACGAAGAAGAAGCAGCUUGAUGAAGAGUUUGAGUUCAGCACCGUGGGAGAGCCAGCUGGUGGCGGCCGUAAUCCGAGCAACGUGCCUGUGUCCAUCUCAGCUGGGACAGCGACCCAGAAGCCUGCUGCCGUCGACAUUGUUCUGAUUUGCAGUGACAAGAAACCACCACCUCAGAAGAGCAAUACCAAUGAAAGGAAAGUGGGGGAAAAGAACAAGAAGAAGAGGUCAUCGGGCCGGAGUGUGUUCCGGUCCUUCCUCUCCCCGUGCCAGGAUUGCCGCACACAGAACUCCGUCGUCCAAGUUGCAGUAAGAUGAGGACACAGUUUUCCUGCACUCUUUUCUUCCAACUCAGCAUGGAUGUUCGUAUUAACUUAGAGCCCUAUACAUACAGGGAUUAUAUUUUAUAGAUACGAUGAGCAUAUAAGAAAGAAGUAUAACAAGC